AUGUCUAGUAUAUUGAUGCCUCACUUGCUUCAUCCUCAUUCUCAUCCCCAUCAUCCACCACUACCCCUUCCAUCAACUGAACCUAUACCACCUAUUCCACCUCGUACUUAUUCACGUCCAUCAUCAAGACAACAACAAUCACAAUCUCAAACAAUUCUAGUAACAUCUAGUCAUCAAAAUAAUACUAAUAAUAGUUCAUUUCGAUUCGAUGAUUUACCAUCACCUGAUCGUGAAUGGCAAUUACUUGAAAAUAUAGGUGAUGGUACAUAUGGUGAAGUAUUUCGUGCAAGAAAUAUUCGAAAUCCAGAUUUUAAUGCUGCUGUAAAAAUUAUGCAUCCAACUGAUGAAGUUCUCGAAGAAAUUGAACAAGAAUAUCGUGUUCUUCUUGAACUUUCAAAUCAUGAAAAUCUUUGUCGUUUUUAUGGUGCUUAUUUAAAACGUGCGCCACCUCCUCCACCACCUCCACCUCGAAAUCCAACUGCAUCACCAAAUGCUCCUAUUGAUAAAACAAGUCUUCUUUCAAUUGAAACAAAUUCGAUUAGUAGUCUUGUUAGUCCAACAGGAACAUCCGUACCAUUACCACUUGAUCAAUUGUGGUUAGUCAUGGAAUUAUGUACUAGUGGCAGUGUUACUGAUUUAGCUAAAGCAAUAUUAAAAGCAAAUCAACGUCUUGAUGAACCAAUUAUUGCUUAUAUUAUGCGUGAAACAUUAAAAGCUUUGUAUCAUCUACAUUCAAAUAAUGUUAUUCAUCGUGAUGUUAAAGGUCAUAAUAUAUUAAUAACAGGCGAUGGUCAUAUUAAAUUAAUUGAUUUUGGUGUAAGUGCAUAUUUAAAUCCAAAUAAUGGACGACGUAAUACUUCUGUUGGCACACCAUUUUUUAUGGCACCAGAAGUAAUUGCUUGUGAAAGACAAAUGGACUAUGAUUAUGAUACACGUGCUGAUGUUUGGUCUACCGGUAUUACAGCUAUUGAAAUUGCUGAAGGUGAACCACCACUUGCUAAUAUGCAUCCAAUGCGUGCACUUGUAUCUAUACCUCGAAAUCCUCCACCAUGUUUACGUCAACCACAAGAAUGGUCAAAUGAAUUUAAUGAUUUCAUUCGUCAAUGUUUAAUAAAAGAUUUUGAAGCAAGACCUACUGUUACACACAUGUUAGCUCAUCCAUUUAUAGCACAAAUACCAACUGAUGGUAUUGAUGCUCGUCGUCGAAUCAUACAAAUUAUAAAUCGUUAUAAGCGUUGUUAUGAUUUAUCUGGUAAAAAAUCUCGUGAAACAUGUGGUGUUAAAAAUGGUCAUAUUAGAGGUAAAUCAGAAACAUGUUCAUCCGUAGCUAUGGAUCCAACAACACAAGUAGCAGUACCUUAUUCACUUACUGUUGAAUCAAUUGUUCCACCACUAAAACGAAUUAUAAAUGUUAUAGGAAAACCAUAUAAUCCACCACAUCAAAUUAUCGAAAAUCAUAAGCGAGUAGCACCUUUACCGCCCCUUGCAAUUGAAAAUGGGCAUUGCCAUUCUAAUCAUCCUAAUGAUUCUAAUACACGCAUACAAGCACAACAAACUCAAGUUUAUAAAACUAAACGAAAAUCUCAAUCAAGACGACAACAAGAACAAUUACAAUCACAAAUGAAUCAACAAAAUGGUAUUGACUAUUCACAAAUACAAGAUAUUUCUACUGCAUCAAUUCAUGAUGACACGUCGAUUCAUCAUCCAUCAUUAACUAAAAAGUUUAAUAAUACAAAUUUUUAUAAUUCAACAUACGAUUCAACUUAUCCAAAUAAUGUAUCAUGUAUAACAAAUGAUGUACCAUUAUGUCAACAACUAACUAUUCCAUUUUCAACCGAUGAUCUUGCACAAUUGGAAACAUUUGAUGAACAAUCAAUUAUAACCUAUAUGUAUAAUCGAUUUUUAUCAAAUCAAAUUUAUACUUAUAUUGGUGAUAUACUUGUUGCUGUUAAUCCAUUUCGUUCAUUACCAAUUUAUGGUAAAGAUGCAAUGAAUCGUUAUCGUUCAAGUGUUAAAAGUGAACAACCUCCACAUAUAUAUGCAUUAGCUGAUUUUACUUAUCAAGCAAUGUUACAUGAUUUAGAAAAUCAAUAUAUUGUUAUAUCAGGUGAAAGUGGUUCAGGUAAAACUCAAUCAGCUAAUUUCCUUGUUAAACAAUUAACAUUUCUUGGUAAUGCACCAAAUAAAAGUUUACAAGAAAAAAUUCUUCAAAUCAAUCCAUUAAUCGAAGGUUUUGGUAAUGCACGUACAAUAAUAAAUGAUAAUUCAUCACGUUUUGGUAAAUAUCUUGAAAUGUUAUUUACAAAACAAGGACGUGUUACAGGUGCACGUUUAUCAGAAUAUUUAUUAGAAAAAACUCGUGUUGUUAAUCAAGGACGUGCUGAAAGAAAUUUUCAUAUAUUUUAUUAUCUAUUUCAUGGUUUAGCAUCAUCAAUACCAAAUGAUGAAAAAUCAUUUUAUUUAUCAACAAAUCAUAUAUAUCGUUAUUUAACAACUGGUUUACAAGAUGAUAAUGAUUUAUCAGAAAGUUUUAAAUCAAAAUUUUCAACAAUUGAAAAAUGUUUUGAAAUUAUUGGUUUUCAACAAGAUGAAGUUAAAUCAAUAUAUCGUAUAUUAGCUGGUCUUUUACAUUUAGGUAAUAUAAGUUUUCAUCAAAACGAAGGACAUUUCAUUGAUGGUAAAACGUGUGUUACUGAUCAACAUUUACUCCAAAUUGUUUGUGAAUUAUUUGGUAUUGAUAUUGCAGAAUUUGAUUUAGCAUUAACAACAUGUAAUAUUGUUACACGUGGAGAAACUAUACAACGUUCAACAACAUUACAAGAAUCACAAUCAACAAGAGAUGCCAUGGCUAAAGCUCUUUAUAAUCGUUUAUUUUCUUGGAUUGUUAAUCGAAUAUCAGCACUACUUGCACCAACAAAAGACAUUUUAAAUCCAAUGACUGAUGAAGACUCAAGUAUACAUUCUAUUCCAAUUUAUAAUACAAAUAAUAAUAAUAAUAACAAUAAUAACAAUCAAGAUGAUGAAAGUGACAAUGAAGUUGAUGAAAAUUUUAAUCAAGAAAAUAAUACAAAUCAAGAUUCAACAAUAAUUACAUCAUAUCCAUCACAAACAUUUAUGAAUGCAAUGAAACAUACAUUUGAUUAUUUCGAUAUGGCAUCAGCAGCAUCAUCAUCAUCAUCAUUUUUACUUCAAUUACAUCCAUCAGAAGUUGAUGAUCGUUGUUUAAAUACAAAUAAUAAUAACAAUAAUAAUAAUAAUACAAAUAAUACUCCCUCACCACCUAAUAAUCCAGUUGAUAAUCAUCAAACAACAAAUUUAAUUAAUGAUUUAAAUAAUACUAAACAAAUUCCAUCAUCAAGUAAUAAACCAAUCAAAAAUUUAAUUGAAAAUUGGUCAAAAAUUGUUGCUGCAUCAUCAUCAAAUUGGUUACAAGUAGUUGAACAUAAAGCAAAUAAUAAUAUAUUUUCAAAUAAAAUUCUUCAAUCACAUUAUUCACGUUUUAAUUAUGCAAAUCGUGCAACCAGUGAAACAAAUUUAGCAUUAAGAAAAAAAACUGUUGAAAAUAAUGUUAAAAAACAAUAUCAAUCAUCAAAUAAUCUUGCGGUUAGCAAAAAACAAUCAUCAUCACCAGCAUUACUACCAAAGUUUCCAACAAUUCAACAAAAAACCUUAUCAAUUAAACAAAAUAAUUCUGAUAUUAAUUUAUCAAAGUGUACAAAUAAUCAAAAUUCAAAUGAACAAAUUACAAAUGAUAACGAUUGUGAUGCACUGAAAAUAGCUAUUUUAGAUAUAUUUGGUUUUGAAAAUUUUUCAACAAAUACUUUUGAACAAUUAUGUAUUAACAUCGCUAAUGAACAAAUACAAUAUUAUUUUAAUCAACAUGUUUUUGCAUGUGAACGACAAGAAUAUAUUAAUGAAAAUUUAAGUGUUUUACCAUUACCAGCAAAAAUUGAUUUUACUUUCUAUGAUAAUCGACCAUUACUUGAAAUGUUUCUUAAUAAACCAGUUGGAAUAUUAGCAUUAAUUGAUGAAGAAAGUCGUUUUCCAAAAGCUACAGAUUAUACAUUAGUUGAUAAAUUAAAUGCAAAUUUUUCUAAUUCACCAUUAUAUAUUCGUUCAAAAUCAAGUUUUUCAUAUUGUUCACAAUAUUCAUUAUCAUUAUCAUCAUCAUCAACACUCCAAUCAAUUCCAUCUUUUUCUAUAAUGCAUUUUGCUGGUCAAGUUCAAUAUGAUGUUCGUAGUUUUCUUGAAAAAAAUCGUGACUAUCUUGCACCAGAAAUUAUACAAGUUUUACGUUCAUCUCACGUUCAAUUAGUUAGUUCAUUAUUUCAAUUACCAUUAACUAAAACUGGUGCAUUACAAGAAAAUUCAAAUCAACAAUAUCAUACAUCAAUUAUUGAAACAACACAAACUAAUUUUGAUUUAAAUAAUACAUUACUACCGUUAAAUGCAAGUCAUAAUCGUGUCCAAGCAACUGUUAGUACUUAUUUUCGAUAUUCAUUAACUGAUCUUUUUUCAAAAAUGACUCAUGGUUCACCGAGAUUUGUUCGUUGUUUUAAACCAAAUAAUGAUCGUGUACCUGGUUGUUUUGAUGCACAAACUGUUCUUGAACAAUUAAAAUAUAGUGGAAUAUUAGCAGCGGCCAAAAUUCGUCAUUAUGGAUUUUCACAUCGUAUACCAUUUGCAAAUUUUAUUCAACGUUAUUCUGUUCUUGCUUAUCCAAUUAGUAUGGAUUUACCAUUAACACGUGAAACAUGUGAAAAUAUUUUACAUAAAUUAAAAAUGCAAAAUUGGACAACGGGUAAAAGUAAAGUGUUUUUAAAAUAUUAUCAUGCUGAACAAUUAACACGUCUUUAUUCAAAUAUGAUACGUGCUAUAAUAACAAUACAAUCAUAUGUUCGUAUGCGUUUAGUACGUUCACGUUUUAAACAACGUCAAUAUAAACAUUCAAAUGAUAUGAUUAUACAAGAACUUCAUCGACAUCCAAAAUUCUCACGAUCUGUUAUUGACGAUGAAAAAUUAAAAAAAGACAAGGCUGCAAUUUAUAUUCAAUCAUGUAUACGUGGUUAUUUACAACGUUGUCAUAUUAAACAAAUAAAUCAAUUAAAACCAAAAAAAACAUUAUCAUAUGAAACAGCAGCAACAACAAUUCAAAAAUGUUUUCGUGGUUUUAUUAUACGAAAAGCCUAUUAUCUUUACCGACAACGUCUUCAUACACAAAUCUUAUGUUUUUUACAACAAAUUGAAUUAAUAAGUAAUGAUUUUUUUACAAAAAUUGUUAAAACAAAUUAUUCAGUACCAUUUAAAACAAUUGAAACUCGUUCAAUAAAUAUUUCUUAUCAUAAAAAAUGUGUACAGAAAUUUUCACAAUAUUUAUUUCCACCACCACCACCAUUACCUUUACCAUCACCAUUUACAAUUUUAUCACCUCCAUUACCACCACCAGAUGCACCGACAUCAAUAAAACCAUCAAUUAUGACAUCAUCAAUUCCUCUUCCACCACCACCACCUUCAUUAUUUCUUGCUGCACGGCCAUCACCACAAUCUCGUCAUCAAUUAAUAACAACAAAUCGAUCACCAUCACCAUCAGCAGUUUCGAAAUUUGCUCAAGUCAGAGAUAUAUUUGCUCGUGCUGAAGCAGCAGUAGCGGCUAAUUCACAUCAUCAUCACCACGUUCAUCAUCCUCAUAUUCCAAUAAAAAAUCAUAUUCAAAAUCAACAUACACCUGCAGUACAUCAAGUUUUAUCUAUUGAACGAACUCGUAGUCCAAAAUCAGUAACGGUUUUAGAUGCUGUACAAGAAUAUCAAAGACAACAUAUUAAUAAUCAUCAUGCGGCUUAUAAACGUGUUGGUCAUUUAGGUGGUGGUGUUAGUGGAGCUGUUCAUAAUCGUCCAAUAAAUCUCAAUGCAAAUAAUUAUGUAAGACCUCGUGGUAUUGGUGCAUUUAUUGCAAAUAAUAAUAAGCCUUUAUUACAAAAUAAACAAACACCAUCCGCAGCUCUACCUAAUUUUAUUUCAGCAUCACCAAAACAGCAACAUCAACCACCAAAACCAAUCACACCGCAAGCUUCAUUAUCAACACAACCAAAAUAUGCAUUUCAUAUUUUACUUCGUAAGACUGGUCAAGAUUUAAGUACCGGACAAACAUUAUCAAAACGUCGAAUAAUAAAUGAAACAAAACAAAUUGAUUUUCGUGGUGUACUUAAAUCACGACAUACAUUAAAUGGCGAAAGUGAUAAUGAACUCAUCAAAUCGAACAGUGCAUUACAACAACAGCAAACAAAUAUUGAUAGUCGAAUGAGAAUGAAUGAUCUUUAA